AUGUACAAGAAGGAUGUGUAUCUGAAACGCUUCGGCAUGAGCACCCCUGUGACAGUCGCCGGGAAGAUUUUCCUGAUCUUCUAUGGUCUGUUAGGCUGCGCGGCCACCAUCCUCUUCUUCAACCUCUUCCUGGAGCGCAUCAUUACCCUGCUGGCGGUGGUGAUGAAGGCUGUGCGUCUGCGCCGUCUGCGCACCAGCGGCCUCCUCCCGCCGGGAAUCUGCCAGGACUUUGCCGCCAGCACGUUACCAGGCUGGAAGCCCUCGGUGUACCAUGUCAUGCUGAUCCUGGGUCUGUCAGCCAUCGUGAUCUCCUGCUGCGCAUCAGCCAUGUAUACCCCAGUGGAGGGCUGGGCGUAUGUGGACUCGCUUUAUUUCUGCUUCGUCACUUUCAGCACCAUUGGUUUCGGGGAUUUGGUGAGCAGUCAAAACGCUGCGUACGACUACCAAGGACUCUAUCGGCUUGCCAACUGUCUGUUUAUAUUGGCAGGAGUGUGUUGCAUCUAUUCUCUCUUCAACGUCAUCUCUAUUGUGAUUAAGCAAGUCCUCAAUUGGAUGUUGGGGAAAAUGAGUUGCCUGUGCUGCCAGAGAUGCAACAAAGCUAAUGCUUUCUUAGGACGCCGUAAUGCUAUCAGACCCGGUUCUAGACUCAGACGCGGACGAUUCGGACAGACGCCGGAUUCCGAUGGGCCUUGCGAUAGCGAUACCGAAGGCCGACGGCUUUCAGGGGAGAUGAUCUCCAUGCGGGAUCUGACGGGAUCUAAUAAAAUAUCUCUCGCAAUUAUGCAGAAACAGCUGUCGGAGUCUGCUAAUGGAUAUCCCAGAACGGUGUGCGGAAGUUCACGACAGAAUGGAUUUUCAGGUGGCGUCGGUGCGCUUGGUAUCAUGAAUAACCGAUUAGCAGAAACCAGUGACUCUAGGUAG